CUUUGGCAUUAUUAGGCUAAAUAAUGGGAGUAGGGUUUUCUUUUGUAAUUGUACAUCAAAUAAAUUAUUGGGACCAUCCUACACAUAUUAGAGACCAAUAAUAUGAAGUAGGAGGUUGACUUGAUCUGAAUAAUUUGGGGAGAGUAGAAAAGUACAUCUUAUGACAAAGGACAAAAAUGAUAGGACCCAUCUUUCCACUCUUGGAUGUAUUGGUAGAUAUUUUGUUCCCAAAUUAAUUAGGGGACAUGAGAGUACGCCCCACACCUUCCUAGCACCUGCAAAACAGGUAGGAUAAGUUAGAACACAUAAAUGGGGCGGACCUAUUGAGUUGAGAGCCCAAACAAUACAAAAGAGAAAUAAAAGAGGAGGACCAUCCCAUGUUUGAUUGGAAUCAAACACCCAACCUUUUAUUUUUGGGAGCCACACGUUUAGAUAACGUUUUGAGAGCAUCCAGAUAUCUUCCCCUCACCCCUCAUUCGAACUCAAGAGAUAAGGGGAAGAGAAGAGCCGCACAAGAGAAAGAAAGCAAGAGAGGGAGAAGAUUCUGGCCGCAGGGAGAACUUCCAGUGCGCUGGCCUUCUUUUUCGACUUAUAUCUCGAGUUUUGCUCAUCCAAAAGAGACGUGUGAGGUGCCCGCUGAAACCUCUCGAAAAGAGGAAUCCAUAGGCGUGCGGUUUGAAGAAAACGGAGCAGUGUAAGGCUUCUAAAUCGUCCGAACGAAACGCAACCUCGCAGAAUACGAUUUUGUAUUCAAAGUACCAGUGUCCAUACAUCCAGUCUGUCAAAUUGAUUGAGUUCAUCUUGCAUCGCAAUCACCCAAUCUGGAUCAAGUAGUGCAUCGGAGACCUUUGAUGGUUCUGACUGGCUUAGCAAACAGGCGAAGUGGCAUUCAUUCAUCGUGGCAGAUCUUGUGCGCACACCUUGACUCGGAUCACCUAUAAUUUGAUCAACGGGAUGUGCUUUUGUCCAUUUCCUCUCAUGAGCCAGAGGAGUUGGAGUAAUGAUUGGUUGAAGUGAAGUGAGGCAG